AUGGGUGCUCAAGCACACACAUUUAAUAAACAAAUUCAAUCGGAAUGUUCAAUUUUACGUGAACUUGAUCAUCCUUGUAUUAUUCGUGUUUAUGAUGUUUAUGAUACGCCAGAUGCUGUUUAUAUUAUACUUGAAUUAGUUGAAGGUGGAGAAUUAUUUGAUCGUAUUGUAGCUAAUGGUCAAUUUGAUGAAACAACAAGUAAAUUUCUUUUUCGACAAAUGUGUCUCGGUGUAAAAUAUUUACAUGAUCAUUCAAUAACACAUCGGGAUUUAAAACCAGAAAAUGUUCUUUUAACAUCACCAGAUACGAAUGAAACAUUAAUUAAAAUAACAGAUUUUGGUUUAUCAAGAUUUAUUAAUGAAACAACAUUGAUGAAAACAUUUUGUGGUACACCGAAUUAUCUUGCUCCAGAAGUUUUAUCUACACAUGGUGAAGCAAGUUAUACAAAUAAAGUUGACAUUUGGAGUUUGGGUGUCAUUCUAUAUAUUUGUUUAGUUGGUUAUCCACCGUUUAGUGAAUCUAUUAGUGGAACUUCAUUAAAUGAUCAAAUUAUUAAAGGCCUUUAUACAUUUCCGGAUGAAUUUUGGUCAGAAGUUUCUGAGUCAGCUAAAGAUCUUAUUG